CAUCCCCAAACAUCGAUAUAAUGUCGCUGGAAAGACUUUUGCACUUUUUAAUGACUCAAAUUAUAAGCACAAAUAGCCUUCUUCUCCCUUAAUUCAAUCUUCAAUUUGCAGAUUCAAUUAACGAUUCAGAUUUCAAAGGAGUGCAGUGCAGAGCUCGGCUAUCUAGUGAGCCGGGACAGACACCGGGCAGAGGACGGUUGUGGCAUUGGGGUUCGGGGUCCGGUGGCUUGGCCCCAAAAAUACACAUUUCGGGGUUCGGGGUCAGAUUUCAUCGGGAUUGCUACGGUCUCUCUCUAUACCUGAAGAGGCUUCAUCUCAAGUGAGCUUGGAGUUUAUAGAGGGCUCAUGAGGAAACUUCAAUCUUGGUGGUGGUGGACUGGACAAACUAACUAAAUAUGAACAUUUUGCUAUCCAUAUGCUGCUAUUAUAGUGGCUUAGAUAACAUCUUCAACUUACAUGGUCUUCCCAAUAUUCGUAUAAGUGAUAGAGAUGUUAUAUUCUUGAGCAAAUUUUGGCAAGACUUCUCUAAGUUGUUGGGUGUUGAACUUAACAUGCCAACAUGGUCAAACGGAGGUGAUAACAAACUUUUACAUAUCAGAAAUGAAAGAGAGGUUUCUCUUCAAUCCACCUAUUUAAGUGUACCAUUCGGUGGCUGUUUAAUCACCGCCGAUCCUGAAACGUUGAACGAAUCAAAGUGGCUGAUUUAUCACCGUACCAAGGUGACGCUGAAGAAGAAGCAGAUGAAGUAGACUCGAGCUCGAGUCUUUUUCAAGAUGGGGAUUAUGAUGCAAAUAUAGUCCACAAAAACUUAUAAAUGCCGCAGUCUCGGAAUGACAUGAAAUUCACGCGAGACUUGAAAUUCAAUGUAUUAUUUAUUUAAAAUACUAACAUAGUCAAAAUGCUCUUCAUGGCUUUAAGAGCUUUUUAGUUUUAAAGAAAUGAAAAUUUUGUGCAAAGUGCAAUGUUCAAAAAAAUUUCCAUGAUAUUAAAGAAUAAUUGUGUCACUUAAAUUUCAAACUUGGAACUUGGAAGUAAGUAUCAGAGGUAGGUAUUAAAAAAAUGAGUUGUAAAUAUAUAUCACUAUUUAAUUUCAAACACAGAAACACUGCUUUUUGAAAUCCACCUCGAUAUAUAUGAGUAUUUACUUAUAAGCAGUGAACACAAAAGAGCAGCCUUUCAACUCAUGGCUUCUUUUUUUGAGAGAAUACCAAAAAAGAAGCCAUUUUUAAUUGAAAGACCCAAUUUUUAUGACACCCCAUUUCAUUCCAUUUUAAAAUAAUGCAUGUGGGGUUGAAUAAUCUGAUUCACAAAACAGCCUCAAUGGAUGGUCUGUAGAGAGCAAGAAUGGAAAAGGGCUCUUCUUCUGGCAAGAAGGGGAGGACUGCACCUGUGUGUCAGGUGGAGGGCUGCAGAGUAGAUCUGACUCAUGCCAAGCCUUACUAUUCCAGGCACAAAGUUUGUGGGAUGCAUUCCAAAUCUCAUACUGUCAUUGUUGCUUCCCUUCACCAAAGGUUUUGUCAGCAGUGUAGCAGAUUUCAUCAGUUGCCCGAAUUCGACCAGGGAAAGAGGAGUUGCCGGAGGCGCCUAGCUGGGCACAACGAGCGUAGGAGGAAGCCACCAGCAGGAUCCUUGUUGUCUCCUCGCUAUGGAAGCCUUUUCCCGUCCAUUUUUGACCGCAGAAAUUCUGGAGGCUUUGUGAUGGACUUCAGCACCUACCCGACUCUCAAUGGACUGGAUACAUCAUCAGAACGAGUACCGGGAAAUCAAGCUUCGAUAACACGAAAGUCCCAGCUUCCACUGCAGAGCAGCUCACAUAACCCUCUGCCUGGUCCCGGAUCAUCCUUACACGGAUGUUUCAAUGGGGUCUCCGACUCCACCAGUGCUCUCUCUCUUCUGUCAACUCAGCCCUGGGGCUCAAGAACGAGCUCCAACAGCCUUGGAGCAAGCAAUUUUCCUGGAAACAACGGUGCACUGGUGCCCAUGGUUCAACCAUUCAUCAAUAGUCAUGGUGCUCCACUUUCAUACAACCAGGUUCAUGAUGCUGGUCACGGACAGACCACUCAUGGCGCCAGCAAUGAGUUCAUUGGGGACCUCGGCUUGGCUCAGCCAAAUGAGGGGCACUUCGAUGGCCAGGCUUCCCUUCAGCAUAUGAAUUGGUCUCUUUAAACUCGAACUCAGUCGAAGCUCGGGUGUUUUUAAUAAUCGACAAUGUACUUGUAGAACGUGUGAUGUUAUUAUUGUCUGCUGUUUGUUCC